AUGGUGCAGUGGGAUUCACAGCCUGUGAAGCAACACAGCUACAGUUGGUUUGGUACAUGGCUCAAAGACCUAAAAAUGUCAUUGCCUAAAGCUCAAGACCACUGGUCUGAAGAGGACAUACUGAUGUUACUGGAAAGCAUGGAGAAUAACCUCUCACCCAGUGACAAGCAAAAGUUCAAAACAACCCAGUCACGUAUGAACUGGGAAAAGGUAGCUUUUAGAGGUUUUACUGGAGAAAUGUGCAAAAACAAAUGGUUAGAGAUUCCUUAUACUUUGAGGAAAUCUUGCACUUUGAAAGAAUUAGUCCUGGAAGCUCAGGAACAUGUUAAAAAACUCUCCAAAAACAAAAAAUUCAAGACACAUCCAGACUUCCCCAAGAAGCCCUUGACUACUUAUUUCCGCUUCUUCAAGGAGAAGUGUUCCCAGUACUCCCAAGUGUACCCUGAGCUGAGCAACCAGGAGCUGACCAAGGUUCUAGCCAAGAAAUAUAAAGAGCUCCCAGAGAAGAUGAAACUAAAAUAUAUUCAUGAUUUCCAGAAGGAGAGACAGGAAUUUGAAGAAAAACUAGCUCAAUUCAAGAAAGACCACCCUGAUCUCAUCCAGAGCAGCAAGAGAUCUAUUGUCCCCAAGAGGCACCGAACUGAAACCCAAAAGAGUUCUCUGGGAAAUAGGAACAAAAUGGGGUCUUCUCUGGAGAAUGGUGACUUUUCCAAGCAGAUGAAAUUCCAUGGAGAGCCCGAGAAGCCCCCCAUGAAUGGAUACCACAAGUUCCACCAGGAUAUGUGGUUAAGGAGGGAGCUGCAAUAUGUGCCCAUGAGAGAGCGCAGGGUGGAGAUUAGCAGACACUGGCAGCACAUCCCACAGAGCCUGAAGGACCAUUAUAAGAACCUGGCUGAGGAGCUGCAGAAACAGUACAAGGUGGACCUGGAUCUCUGGCUCAGGAGCCUGUCUCCUGAAGAAUAUGCAGCAUACAGAAAUGUAACCUAUUCUAUGGGCAAGAAUAUGAGCAAACUCAGAGAGGUGUCUCUGCAGUGCCCAUCAGUGAAGUGUUUGCAAGAAGGGCCUAGAGAGGAAUGGGAGCUACAGGUUCCAGGCACAGAUUCACCAGAAACUAUUCAAGUCAGUCAUCAUCCUCCAUGGGGGUCAGCACAAAAUAAGAAGGAAGAUGGGCAAGUGGUGGAAGGCAGUGACUCCUCAGACUCUAGCAGUGAGGAUGAGGAUAGAGAUGAGGGGUCUGAAGACAGCGACUCCAGCUCAUCUUCCUCAGAAGAUUCAGACUCCAACUGA